AUGAGCAUAGUGGAGAUGGAGUUUACAAAUUUUCAUUACCUCAGAGUUCUCUUCUUCUUGGCGUUAUCUUCUCACAGUUUUGUUAUUCGUGGAGAUAAUAAAAACAUCACUUCCGCAGCAAACAGAGUUCGAAACAGAGACAAAGGCUCUGUUCUUCUUGUUGAUGUCCGUAGCUUUGGUGCUCGAGCUAAUGAACACAGAGAUCACACUAAGGCUUUCGAAGCAGCAUGGGACAUGGCGUGUAAAUCAUCUUCAAGCUCUGUAGAUCUUAUAAUUCCAAGAGGAGAGUUUUAUGUUGGUCCUAUCAGAUUCUCUGGUCCUUGCACUAACGUAUCACAUCUAACUGUCCGAGUAAAGGGUCAUCUCAAAGCAUCAACUGAUCUGUCAAAGUACAGAUCAGGCGGUGGUUGGAUUGAGUUUGGUUGGAUCAACGGUUUAACUCUUACCGGAGGUGGAACAUUUGACGGUCAAGGAGCCCUAGCUUGGCCGUUUAAUAAUUGUACUACUGAUUCUCACUGCAAGCUCCUCCCAACAGUGAGAACACUCGAUAAACCGUUUGAGAUCAUAAACUUGUCUUAUAAGAAAAUAAAAUUUUCAAUGUUGAUUUUUCAGAGCUUGAAGUUUGUGGGGAUGAACAGAACAAUAAUAAGAAGGAUAAGCUCAGUGGACAGCAAGUUCUUUCACAUAGCAUUAGUACAAUGCAGAGACUUCAAAGGGACAAGACUCAACAUCACUGCUCCGUCUGAUAGUCCCAAUACUGAUGGAAUUCACAUAGAACGCAGCUCAAAUGUUUACUUCUCGCGUUCGCAUAUAGCAACAGGAGAUGAUUGUGUGUCUAUAGGACAAGGAAAUUCUCAGAUCACAAUCACAAGUAUCAAAUGUGGACCAGGACAUGGUAUCAGCGUUGGGAGUUUAGGGAGAUAUCCAAAUGAGAAAGACGUGAAGGGACUUGUGGUCAGGGAUUGCAAGAUGAGUGGUACGACGAAUGGGAUAAGGAUCAAAACUUGGGCUGAUUCUCCUGGUCUAAGUGCAGCUACAAACAUGACUUUUCAGAACAUUAUUAUGAACAAUGUGACUAAUCCAAUCAUCAUUGAUCAGUCUUAUUGUCCUUUCUCUGCUUGCACUUCGAAUGUACCGUCGAGGGUGAAGCUGAGUGAGAUAUACUUUAAGAACAUAAGAGGAACAUCAUCGACAAGGGUCGCUGUGCAGCUGCAUUGUAGCGAAGGAAUGCCAUGUAAGAAAGUGUACUUAGAGAAUGUUCAUCUUUAUCUAGCUUCUUCUGGUGGAGGAAGUGGGAAACAACAGAGUAGCAACGGAGGAAGUGAAGCUGUCUCUUCUUCUUGUAGAUACGUUAGAGCUAAAUACAUUGGGACUCAAAGCCCACCUCCAUGUGACUAA